AAUUGUUUAUAAAAUGGGAACAGGUUCGAGCAAGUUUAGUGGUGAUACUCUCGACAUAAAGUUUGUAGGACGUGAUGACGAAUUAAAACGCGUAGGACUAUUAUUGAAUCAACAGAAAACAUUAAGACUACACGGGAUGAAAAGAAUUGGAAAAUCAAGAUUUCUUGCUGAACUAUAUCGGAGUGAGCGCGAUUCCGGAACUCUGUGUAUUUUUAAAGAUUUUGAAAUGGAUAAUACUUUAUCACCAUGCCAACAUUAUAAAUGGUUCCGUGAUAUGUUUACUCUAUCUGGCUGUCAUGAAGGAUUAGCUGACUUCAUCAGUAAAUUUCCUGAUGAAAGUAUUGCUUGUGGUGCAUGCACUAAUUGUGUUCAAGGAAAGCUGUGUCUUCAUAGAAGAGAAUACAUAGACCAAGCGAUAAACUGCCUAACAGAAAACCUACAUUCUUGUAAUAAAAGAUAAUUUUUUCUUUGACAAUAUCGAUAAGCUUAUUGAAUCAGAUUUGAAAGAAUCAUUUUCACAUUUAAUCGAUGAUAUCAGCAAAAAUUGUUCAAAUGUAAGCAUUGUAUUUUGUCCAUGCGACAUUAUCAGCGUUCACAAAUCAUUCGAAAGAAUUUGUCUUGGUCCACUAGAGAAAAUUCAUAUUUUGCAAAUAAUUUAUCUCAUGACUGAAACUCCGAAUGAAUCUGUGGGCGAAUCUACCCAGGAGUGGGAACAUAAAGAAGAUAGUUGCUAUAGUGAACAAGAAACAUACGCUCAUCUAUUUAAAAAGGAAAAUGAAUAUUUUACUCCAGAGAAUAGAGAAUGUAUGGAAGAGAUAGCGAGCUUAUGUAACGGCCAUCCUGGAGCUGCAAUAUUAGCAGGUUCAUUACUCACAGAGGAUUGUGGGCUUUUGACUCCCGCUGAACUGAUGGAGAUGAUUAAAACGAUAAGAUCAAAAGUGCAUCAACCUGGUGAUAGUCUAUUAACAGGAAAACCGGUAAGUAAUAAGCAAUGUGAUUGCGAUUCACCAAUGCAUCAAUUGGAGCUCAUCUACAAAGAAAUACUACAUGAGGAUGAUAAACAAGAUCAUAAAGUGAAGGAUGAUAAACAAGAUCAUAAAGUGAAGUGUGCAAUAGAAAUUUCAUGUGUUAUCUGA